CCUACACGUGUUAUGUUUCCCAAUACCAAAUGGUGCGGUCCGGGCAAUACUGCCCGCAAUUACAAUGAUUUGGGCUCAGAUGCGGCUACCGAUGCUUGUUGUCGUCAACACGACAACUGUAACCCUCCCGGUGUCCGAUCCGGUCAUCUCCAGUAUUUGUGUCAAUUGCCUAACACUCAGUUUCAGAUAAGCAGUUGUGACUGCGACCGUCAGUUUGGUCACUGUUUGUCCCGAUUGGGCUCAAAAUCGCUGACCGCAACACUUGUGGCCAAAAUAUACCGAACUUUUGUUACCAAUUGUAUCGCUUAUAAUCCAUAUACACAACAAUGUCGGCUAAUUGAUAGAGUUUUUUAA